AUGUUCAGCCAAGUGGUCAAGCGCAAUGCACUCCUCAGCCUGAGCGCCGCGAGCCGCCGCGGUAUCUCCGCCUCGGCCAAGCGCAUGUCGGAAGAAGGCGAGCACCACCAGCACCUGCUGUUCGAAGGCGACUACUCCAAGAGCUUUGUCGCGGGCAUGACGCUGUUUGUCACCCUGGGCGGCAUUGCCGUGCCCGUGUGUAUGUACCGCUACCAGAACUGGAAGCACGGGUUCCCGCAAAAGUAA